AUGGGCAUCCAAAAAGACUUGGGCAUGAAAGGCAAUGACUUCUCCUGGAUGGCCACAGCCUUCUUCAUCGGAUUCGGAAUUGCCGAAUUCCCUCAAGGCGCGCUCGUGCAGCGAUACCCGGUCAGCAAAGUCCUCUCGGCCAACGUCUUCCUCUGGGGCGUGAUCCUCUGCUGCUCGGCAGCCUGCGUCAACUUCGCGGGGAUCCUCGCCUGCCGCAUCGCGCUGGGCGUGUGCGAAGCCGUCAUCGGCCCCGCGCUGAUCAUGAUCACGUCGACGUGGUACACCAAGGACCAGUCGACGCCGCGCUACGGCCUCUGGUACUGCGGGCUGGGGACGGGCCAGAUCAUCGGGGGCAUCAUCUCCUUCGGCGCGCAGCACGCGCCCGCCAGCCUGAGCUUCGCGGGCUGGCGCAUCAUGUUCGUCUGCGUGGGCGCCGCCAACAUCAUCGCCGCCAUCCUCUGCCUGGCCCUGCUCCCCUCGACCGCCUCCGCCGCACCCUUCCUCUCCGCCGCCGAAAGGGCCCUCAUCGCGCGCCGCCUCGCCGCCGACCGUGCCGGCACGGGCGCCAAAGUCUUCUCCCGUCGCGGCGCCGUGUCCGUCUUCGCGGACGCGCAGACGUGGCUGCUCGCGCUGCUCGCCCUCCUCACCACGACUCCCUCCGGCGUGAUAACGACGUACUCCUCCAUCCUGAUCAAAGACUUCGGCUACACGCCCAAGCAAUCCGCGCUCCUCAACACCCCCUCCGGCCUCAUCUCCAUCACCGCCACCCUCCUAACCACCUUCUCCAUCGUCCGCGGCUGGCAGCGCACCACGGCCAUCGCCCUCAUCCUGCUCCCCGCCCUUCUCGGCGCCGGACUCAUGUCUUUCCUGCCCGGUAACAAACCGGGGAGCCUCGCGGGCAUCUACCUGGUCAACUGCACGACGGCGCCGCUGGUCCUCGUCUACGCCCUCGUCGGCGCCAACUACCACCUCGCCGGCGGCUACACCAAAAAAGUCACGGCCGCCGCCGUCGUGCUCGUCAGCUUCUCGCUCGGCAACGUCGUUGGCCCCCAGACCUUCCAGGCCCGCGACGCCCCCAGUUACCUGCCCGCCAAGGUCACCGUCCUGGCCGUCGAGGCUGCCGCCGUCGUCGUGGCGCUGGCCCUGCGCGCCUUGUACGUCUGGCGCAAUCGGAGGGCCGAUCGGGAGGGCGACGGGCCGGCCGGGUGCGCGGUGGAGAGACGGGCGUGGAGGAAAGGCAGGAGGGGGGCCAUGGCUGGGGGCGACGAGAUGGACGCGGGGUUUAGGUAUGUGUUGUAG